CGGCGUUGCGGCUAAGCUCGUGUGCUGCAGCAGUGUCGGCAGCGGCUGCAGGAAAAGGGAUCGGCGCGAUGUCUCACACCAUUUUGCUGGUACAGCCUACCAAGAGGCCAGAAGGCAGAACUUAUGCUGACUAUGAAUCUGUAAAUGAAUGCAUGGAAGGUGUUUGUAAAAUGUAUGAAGAACAUCUGAAGAGAAUGAAUCCCAACAGCCCCUCUAUCACAUAUGAUAUCAGUCAGUUGUUUGAUUUUAUCGAUGAUCUGGCAGACCUCAGCUGCCUUGUUUACCGAGCUGAUACCCAGACAUACCAGCCUUACAACAAAGACUGGAUUAAAGAGAAGAUCUACGUGCUCCUUCGUCGGCAGGCCCAGCAGGCCGGGAAAUAGUUGAGUUUGGAAGCGUUGGGGGGGCGGGGGUGGGCUUGGAACACAGGCGUGUACAGCGUGCUGUAGCGGAAGACUUGUAUGAUAGUAGUCCUGUUUCCAUUUGGUACACUCUAGCCAAGGUCGAAUGUAUUAGAUGAAAUGUGAGGGUUUUGUUCAAUCUGAAACCCCCAUUGCUCCCCCUCCCCCCCCCCUUUUUUUUACUUAAACAUUUUUAUGAUGCUUUAGACGGAAGUUGGUUUUUGUCAGUUAGCAUUGGUUCCAGUCCUUCAAACUGUUCGUAUCUGCUUUAUAACAUUCACUGUACUAACCCUUCAGAUCAGGGUGGGGGUGGUGGCACAGUUAUGUCCUAAAGAUGAAGUCUUAGGUGAAAAACAAAAAACAAAUAAAUGUUCUUUAGUUAUA